AUUCCACAUAUGUAUGACCUAUUUUGUACUAAAUACACAUUUUAUUGCAUAUAGCAUUUAAGGUGAUUACCAAGGUCUUUGCAUUUAUUGUUGGAUUGGAUGACUUUGUAAAAGGUUACACCACCUUAAGACACAUCUUGUAAAAUUACAGAAGGGAUUACAGAAUCUGAGAUGUAAAUAAACUUAAAGGUGUUUACCUUGUCAUCGGCACGUAAGAUAAUUGUUGUGGAGAGGGCUCUAUUGUCUUGUUGCCCUGGUAGCCUAUGCCCCGCCUCUGGUGGCAGCCUUAAACCUGGCGCCUGGCUAAAACAAACGAAAGGCAGCCCUGAGUCUCCACUCAAUCCAAUUAAGGCGGACUUCAGCCACUCUCGUACGUGUUCACCCAACAAGAUCGACGCUGAGACAACACUACCAGAGCUUUGGCAAAACCCUUUUUUUUGCCUCGCCUUCUACAUUUUCCCUUUCCAGGCACAAAACAAUGUCGAUGAGCCCCAAGCAUACGACUCCUUUCUCAGUUUCUGAUAUUUUGAGUCCCCUAGAGGAGAGUUACAAGAAAGUGAGCAUGGAGGGCAACAACUUGGGGGCUCCCCUGGCAGUUUACCGGCAGUCUCACGUCUCUCAGGCAUCCAUGCAGCAGCAGCACCAUAUGGGGCAUAACGGGACGGUGCCCGCCGCGUACCACAUGGCAGCGGCAGGUGUACCUCAGCUUUCUCAUGCAUCCAUGGGGGGGUACUGUAACGGUAACCUGGGCAAUCUGGGCAACAUGAGCGAGCUUCCGCCUUACCAGGAAACAAUGAGAAACAGUGCAUCAGCCACAGGAUGGUAUGGAGCCAAUCCUGACCCGCGCUUUUCUUCAAUUUCCCGCUUCAUGGGCCCAUCCUCUGGAAUGAACAUGAGCGGUAUGGGAAGCCUGGGCUCUUUGGCAGACGUUGGCAAGGGUAUGGGACCUCUACAGAGCACUCCAAGGAGAAAGCGCAGGGUGCUUUUCUCGCAAGCCCAAGUUUACGAGCUAGAAAGACGAUUCAAGCAACAGAAAUACCUCUCGGCACCGGAAAGAGAACAUUUAGCCAGUAUGAUCCACCUCACUCCAACUCAGGUCAAAAUUUGGUUCCAGAACCAUCGGUACAAGAUGAAACGCCAAGCCAAAGACAAGGUGACCCAACAGCAAAUGCAACAGGACACUAGCUCUUGCCAACAACAGCAGCAGUCUCCAAGAAGAGUGGCCGUACCAGUUUUAGUGAAGGAUGGCAAGCCAUGCCAAGGAGGCACACAUACGCCAACAACGGGCGCCCAGAACCACCACCACCAGCAAACAACUAGCGCUACCAAUAAUUCAGGAAUUGGGCAACAUCAGCAGACUGGCAGUGCAUGCCAUUCGCCAGAUUUAGGGCACUCGUCUAGCCCUCCCUCGCUUCAUAGCCAGGUCUCCAGUCUGUCUCACCUAAACUCUUCUGGUUCUGAUUAUGGCACCGCCAUGCAAUGCUCCGCCUUAUUAUAUGGUAGGACCUGGUGACAAUGUAAUAUAACUAAGACGUGUAUAUGGUAACGGACAGAGUCAUUUCUGCAUUUCCUAAGUAAAUGGUUUACUUUGGUUGGUUUUGCAGGCGACGACUCUUCGUGGACCAAAAGUGACGAAUGUUCAAUCUGUAAGUGGAGUUUGAAAGGAUUUAUUUUACAGCGAAUGUGAAUAAAAUUCCUGGUUCACGAAAUAAACUCUUAUACAAGACACGUGUAUCUGUAAAAGUUGACUUGUAAAUACACGAUUCCCAGGAAACUGGAAGAACAAGUCGAAACAGUGUUAAUACAAAGGAAGAUUUGUGGGCAUACAAAGACAUGUGUAGGGUAAAUUAACUUGGCUUAACUUUUUAAUAGAUUUUAAUGUAAAACGUAGCUGUAUAUUUCUGUAAAAGGUUUGCAUUGGAUACAUAGUUUUUAGCAAGCUGUAUAUUAUGUUGUAAAAAGUUUUUAUGGACAUUUGAAGGCUGCCUGUAUACCACAAUUAAGUUUUGUUGUUAUUUGACCCCGUAUUUUUCCUCCUCUUGUAACUUAUAUAGAGAUUUGGCUUGAAUACAGUCAUACGAAGCUUCUAAUAAAUUAUGAAAAUAAAAUUCAGAUUCGUGUAUUGUAUUUGGUUAUAUAGUAGGCUAAAUAUCAGGCUUUUCAUAUGUGCAUUCUAAUAGAAAUAUCCUGUUGACAUUAUAUCUGUUGCUAUUUAAAAUAAGAAGAUUUUGAAAUAAUAAAAUGUAAUUUACAGUAAAUAAGACACCACGAACAU